CACCGGGAGCAACGUUGGGCUGUCCUGGCGGUGGAAACGGCUUAUUUCAUCCGGAAGCUGAGAUGUGAGCGGGUGAUACGCCGUAACGGGCGGGACUUCUCGGCCAGGGAGGUCAGCGACAGAUGGCACACAAAUUUGGAUCGUAGGAUGACCCUGGAGCGCAGAUCGACAGCAAGAGCUUACGGUAAGCUGGCGCUGAAGCCAACUUCUGUAUCAAUGAUACGGGGUCCGGUGUUGGAAAAUUGCGAAAGCCUCCCGCCGGACUGGGUGACGAAAAGUGGGGUUUUAGUAGGAAUUAGGAAGGUAGACGACAGGAGAGCUGAGCGACCGGAAACGACCUCCUGA